AUCAGUAGAAAGCAGACGUUCGCCUUGAGAGCACGGUGAACACAACAACUAUUGACGACGACAAUUCGAAACGAUGAACAGAUAUAGUUUCGUCUGGGCGCUAGCCGCUUGCUUAAUUGCAUGCGCCAGCGCUGGCGGCUACGGUGGUCAGCAGCAGGGCGGCUAUGGUGGCCCAGGUGGUGAUGGUGGCGCCGAUGCGGCCGCUGCCUCAGCAGCCGCAGCUGGAGCCAGUGAAUACGGCAGUGGUGCCGGUUUGGGUGGAAUCGGUGGCAUCGGAGGCAUCGGUGGUGGUGCCUCUGAUGGCGGUGCUGCCGCUGUUGCAAACGGUGGUGAAGCCGCUGGCGUUGCUCACGCCUCUCAAGGCAGCUACGGCUCCGACCAGAACCUGCCCUACAAGCCGGUGAACACCAAGGGCAACACCCUCACCUCAUCUAUCACAUAUCCCCAGAACAAGGGUGAAAUACUCAUUCAUCGUCCCGCGCCCAUCAUUGUGAAGCGUCCGCCCACCAAAGUGCUGGUCAACCAUCCCCCACUGGUGGUGAAGCCCGCACCCGUCGUUCUCCACAAGCCUCCAGCAAUCGUGCUGCGCAAGGUCUACGUUAAGCACCACCCACGUCGCGUCAAGGUCGAGCCUGUCUUCGUCAACGUGGUCAAGCCACCAGCAGAGAAAUAUUUCGUCAAUGAGAAACAGCAAGGUUAUGGUCAGAAUGCCGGACAUGGCUCACAUGGCGGACAUGGUGGACAUGGUGGACAUGGCAGUCGCAUUUCUCACGGUGGUCCCGGACCCCAUCAUGGCAGCGGUCCCGCUCUCCCCGCUUACGCCUCGGGAGCCGAUAGCGCUGCCGCUAGCGCCGGCUACCAACUGCUCCAGGGUGGCAACCAUGGACUCUCCGCUCUGGCCAACAUCGCUGGCGAACGUGACGGUUAUGGUUCCGGCCCAGCUGGUCCUUAUGGCCAAGGACACUCCGGUCCCGGCUAUAAUGCGGCUCCAGGCUACUAAGUGAUGGGUCCAAUCCAUUGGCCCCCCCAUCAUCUAGUCUAAGCGCUGCUGGAGACGCCCAAUUGACUAGUCGGAACAACGAACCAGUUUCGUAUCCAAAUCUUCUCAAUUGGCUUUAGUUACUAAAGAUUUAAAUGGCUUCGACGACCCGUGUCUCGAGUACCGGGCGAGCAAGUUCCAAUGCAAACAAAUAAAAAAAAAA